AUGCCAAGAGUUUUGAGUUAUUCGAGCCGUGAAAUUGGAGUCAGCACAAGCUCAGCCAGCGGAAUACCUUCUACAGUGACCAAGAGAAUAUUGAACUAUGUCCCCGAGAAGUCUCGCCGUUCGUUGCGUCUAACGUGCAGAGCUUGGGCUCAAGCCAUCGACGAGAUUCUGCCACCAUCGCGUCCUACGGCGAAUACUCUGCCCCCAGAGAUCCUAACGCAGAUAUUCUAUGGAUUGAGCCCUCGAGAUUUUGAUAACGCUCGACGAGUUUGUUCUCAAUGGAUGCGCGCCAGCUUGAACGAACGUCUGCUAGAAAGUAUGCUUAAGCGGGCAGGCUGGUGGGAUAGCUGGCUCAGAGACACCCAGGAUCGGCGCCCUAGUUAUAUGGACGAGAAUGGCGAAAGCCCGGCGUGGAGAAUGAGCAAGCGAUUCGCAACUGAGUGCAUGCUCUCAGGUCGCAAGAUGAAUGUCGAAAGAAGUGGCUUCGUGACGACGAGCAUCGUCGACUUCUCGCGGCUUUCUCUAGCAGGUCACUCACCCAAAAGCCGCGAUUUGUCUUACAGCUCGCCUUUCGCGAACGAUAUAUCGGCAGCAUCGAGCUUUCAUGUGAGCAAUUGCGGCAACUAUCUCCUUGUGCUUUCUGGUCGCACUAUCCACGUCUAUCAGCUACUAGCUAGACGCAGUGUGAAAUCCCCACCAAUGUCUGAAGAUGACCUGGGUAACAUCGAUAUCGCGCCUGUCGCUAGCAUCACUUGCCCGGCAGAAGCUUUGUCUGCAGCCAUUGACACCAGCACGUCGAACUUCACUGUUGCAGCACUGUUACACAAUAGAUUGGGCAUGAUCUGCGAGCUUGCCCCAGUGGACCAGGAGCAUACGGAGAAUAAUAAUCGCUCAACAAGUCUUGUUCCUGAUGUGGCGGGUAGCACUCUUGCGGAAAGCAGUCACUUUGGAAGCUCGUUUUCCAGAAAGAUGACUUCUCGGCACUUCUAUUACGAUAUUUGCUCCGCUCAGGAUCCUCCGCACAGCAUUUCAAUCUGUCCAGGUUAUCGCUGUGUUGCGUUCGGCUCUGACUCUGGGAUCGAACUACGCUGGGUAGACCAGGAGACAAAUAAAGGUUGUCGAAAGCACUUGCCAAUGUCACAGCCUUCGGAAAUCUUGCAUUUCAUGCCGAACCGACCGGAUGGGCCUUUGGAGUUUCGACUGAUAUCAUCACUGGCUGGUCCAGGGGUAGAGGGCUGCGAUUGCCAAAAACUGCCACCCGGACAGUCGCGUCCAUCCUGCCCAUUCCACAUUAUCCCCGAUGACGUACAAACGUUCAGUCGGUGGGCGCCGGAGCGGAAGGACCAAGCUAGCUUGGUUCGAACAACACAAUGUCACUACUAUCGAGCAGUUCCAGUCAAUGACGGCGUUCAUGUCUUGUUUGUCGAGCCACGCAGUGGGUAUCUUUGCGUCGGAUCAGAUGCCCCUAUCGAUGGGCCAACGUGCCUCACAAGGGCACUAGUCUGCGUUCCUCCAUUUGGGAAUGAUACGUCAACUGGGUCUCCGGACGCACCCCUACCCACAGCCUUCGCAUCAGGCUCAGAUUUGAAUUGGGGACUUCGCGUGGUGGCUGCAUAUGGUGAUAGGCUUGUUUUCUAUUCCGUGCCACUGGAUGUAUUUAACGUCCUGAAGAAGGAGCGAGAGAGACAGGGUGACGGUGUCAUGGCCGAUAGCGAUCUUGCCCGGGAUUUUUUCCUCAACCAGCAACGAGGCAACGCGCGCCGUGGAAGUCUAGCUCAGAACCAAAACGGAGACUGGGAGUUCCUUCUGAGCGUUAGCUAUCGGCCGACUGCCAUGAUGUGGCCGUUUAAGAUCUACGGAAAGGAAAUCGGCCGAGUGGAGAACGUGGUCGAGCUUUCCCUCCAGUCUUCUCAUGGUGGUGCUCGCAUAUGGACGUUCAGCGCGUCGGGAGAGACGAACAUCAUCGACGUCGAUACUUUUACAUCUACCUCUCGGGAUGCCUCCGAAAUGCCCUGCAAGUCAUUCACCAUCGGCUCCGACGGGCGUAUCGCAUCCGCCCAGUUGGUUAACCGCUCUGAGCACUGUCUUGUUGCUCCUGAAGUCUCGCGCAAGCGAAAACAAACCGAGUCCCGAGCGGAGUUUAUUGGACGGCACAUGCUCCGUCAGCAUAGCAGCCCGGUGAUGGUCAACGGCCGCGAUGCAACAGCGGCCAGCGAUUUCUUGGUCAGCAGUAGCACUCGGCGUCCUUCGUUCGCGGCGCAAAUCGUGGAUGUUAGUAUCCCCGAGCUUGCAGGCAGGCGGAUGGGAGCUGAAGCUGUCUACUAA